AUGCUGCUGAACCUGUGUAGUGUUAAGAACUUGUACCAGAACAGGUUCCUGGGCCUGGCCGCCAUGGCGUCGCCAUCGCGGAGCGCCCAGAGUCGGCGGCGCUGCAAGGACGCUGGGGCGCGUUACAGCUACAGCCCCGAGCAGUACCCCAACGGUGGGCCCCGGCACGACCACGCCACCGCCCUGGCGCUGCAGCCCCGCUCUACUAGCGAUGCUGACCUGGUCACCUCGGACAGCCGCUCAACGCUGACCGUCAGCACCUCCCACUACGCCAUCGGCCAGUCCCAGGACAUGCUCAUCUGCUGGGACAUCAAGGAGGAGGUGGACGCCGGGGACUGGAUCGGCAUGUACCUCAUAGAUGAGGGACUGUCGGAGAACUUUCUGGACUAUAAGAACCGGGGAGUGAACGGCUCCCACAAGGGCCAGAUUGUGUGGAAGAUCGAUACCAGCUCCUACUUUGCAGAUUCGGAGACUAAGAUAUGCUUCAAGUAUUACCAUGGUGUGAGUGGAGCCCUGCGAGCCACCACACCCAGUGUGACAGUGAAGAAUGCAUCUGCCCCUGUGCUGAAGCCAGUGGUCAGCCAGGAGGUCACACAGAGUCUUGGCAACAGAAGGCUCAUCAGUUUCUCUCUCUCAAAUGUCCAAGCGGUGGGGCUGAAGAAGGGCAUGUUCUUCAACCCUGACCCCUACCUGAAGAUCGCCAUCCAGCCCGGCAAGCACAGCCUCUACCCCGCGCUGCCCCACCACGGCCAGGAGAAACGCUCCCGCAUUGUCUGUAACACCAUCAACCCUGUUUGGCAGAGAGAGCGCUUCAGCUUUGUGUCUCUGCCUACGGACGUGCUGGAGAUCGAGGUGAAGGACAAGUUUGCUAAGAGCCGGCCCAUCAUCAAACGUUUCCUGGGCAAGCUGUCCAUGCCGGUGCAGAGGCUACUGGAGAAACACGCCAUCGGGGACCGUGUGGUGAGCUAUUCUCUUGGCCGCAGGCUGCCGACGGAUCAUGUUAGUGGACAGCUGCAGUUCAGAUUUGAGAUAAUGUCCUCAAUUCACCCAGAUGACGAGGACAUCUCCCUCGUCAUGGAGUGCCCUGUGGUCCCUGACCCUGACCAGUUGGAGGUAAACCAGGUGGACCCAGUUGCCCCAGCAGAGAUCCCUGCCGACGACACAUUGAGCAUGGGGCCCGACACACCCGAACUUCCCCUGGAUGGAGCCCCAGACUUGGAGGACCCGGAGCCCUCCACCACUCUCGCUUACGUCUCCCUCACAGAGGAGGCCCAUCCUGGGGACGAUGUCAUGGAGGAGGAGGGUGUGGAGGAGCAGGUCACCCUGGUUGAGAUGGAGGAGAGUACAGUUAGGGAGGUGCAGGUAUCUUCUUCAGAGCCACAGACUGGGAUAGAAGAGCAGGUUUCAGCUGAACAAUUGGUGGAGGAGAGAGAGGAGGAGGAGGAGACUGGAGCCCAGGAGGCUCAAACCCUGUCUGAGGAGGGGGAGGCCCAGGUGCAGCCUAAACCUGAGGGUGUGGAGAUGGAGUUGGACAGUGAGGAACCUACCACUGCUGUGGAGGAGCCGUUGGAAGGAGCUACGGGGCCUGUGCCGGCUGAGGAGGUAGUGGAGGAGGGACAGCAGGUGGUGGUGGAAGCCAAACCGAGGAGGGUUGACUGUUGCUGCCCAGCCCGCGCCUCCCCUCCGAUGCGGAGCGCCCUGCGGCGCAAGAACAGGCCCUGCUCGCUGCCUGUCUCGGAGCUGGAGACGGUGAUCGCCUCAUCGUGUGGCGACCCCGAGACGCCACGCACCCACUACAUCCGCAUCCACCACCUCCUCCACAGCCUGCCUUCAGCACACCAACUGCAGGGCAGCGGGGAGGAGGAAGAGGAGGAGGAGGGAGGGUCUUCUACCGAGGAGCCGACCAUCAAACCCACCUCCAAGGUCGGGGAGGAGGGGGAAGGGGAGGAGGAGGAGGAGGAGGGAGACGCGUCCCAAUCCCUGGCGUCCCCCUCCCAGGUGCGUGAGUGCACAGCCCCCUGCUGUCGUAGUAGGACCCUCCCCCGCAGUCUGUCCAUCGAGCGCCUGUCAGAACUCAACCAGCUCCUGGAUGGAGGGGAGAGGGGAGGGAGGACGCUGCACCCACGACUGGAGAACGAAGAGGCGGAAGGGGGCGGAGGCGGCCGGGGAGUGAGGGGGAGCGAGUGCGAGUUGUGCGACAACUCCUGCUACAGCACGUCUUGUUACAGCACCAGUUGUUACAGCACCUCCUGCUACAGCAACUCUGGCUACGAGGGGCGCAACCGCCCCUGCAGCCACACACGGCUGUCGUCGGUGGACAGCACACGCCUCUCAGAGAGCACCGUCUUCUCCUCGCAGGACGAAGAGGAGGAAGAGGAGGAGAACAGCGCCUUUGAGUCAGUGCCUGACUCCAUCCAGAGCCCCGGCACCAGGGAGCCUGGCGGCGAUGGGACGACAGCAGAAUGGAGGGAGGAGACAGAGGAGGGGACGAGAGGGGAGAGCGGGGAGUCGCCGGUGGCCGGGCCUAGCGAUAGGACAGGAGGAGAUAGUUACUUGCCAUGCGGUCAUCCUCCUGCUUUGCGACCUGACACCCACCAUUACCCAACUGUUGAUGAACCGUUGCCUCCAAACUGGGAGGCGCGCAUCGACAGCCACGGACGUGUCUUCUACGUGGACCAUGUGAACCGCACCACCACCUGGCGGAGGCCCACGCACGCCGCCUCCAAGUGUAACGGCAUCCAGCGCUCCAGCUCCACCCAGCAGAUGGAGCAGCUCAACAGGAGGUACCAGAACAUCCAGAGGACCAUGGCGACGGAGGAUGAGUGUGGUGGACGGAGGUUGGAGAGAAGUGUCAGCACGGAAACGGAAACAGACUCUCCACCACAGGCCAUUGAGCCCAGGAGAGAGGGCCCCUCGUCCCCUGUCAGCAACCAGAAGAUCACCCUGCUCCUCCAGUGCCCUGCCGUUAAGUUCGUCACCCACCCCGAGUUCUUCACGGUCCUACACGCCAACUACGGUGCCUACCGGAUAUUCACCAGCAGUACCUGUCUGAAGCACAUGAUCCUGAAGAUCCGGCGGGACGCACGCAACUUUGAGCGCUACCAGCACAACAGAGACCUGGUGAUCUUCCUCAACAAGUUUGCCGACACACAACUAGAGCUGCCCCGAGGCUGGGAGAUCAAAACAGACCCACAGGGCAAGUCGUUUUUCGUGGACCACAACAGCCGGGCGACAACCUUCAUUGACCCCAGGAUCCCCUUACAGAACGGCCGUCUGCCCAACCAUCUGACCCACAGGCAGCACCUGCAGAGACUACGCAGCUACAGUGCUGGAGAGGCGUCUGAUGUGUCCCGGAGUCGAGUAGCUUCCCUGAUUCACAGACCUGGGAACAGCCUGGUAGCCGCCAUACGCAGCCAGUACCACCCCGACUCCACACCGUUAGCUUACAAUGACAAGAUAGUGACGUUCCUUCGCCAGCCAAACAUCUUUGAGAUGCUUCAAGAGCGCCAGCCAAGCCUGGCCAGGAACCAUGUACUAAGGGAGAAGAUCCACUACAUCAAGACGGAAGGUUCACAGGGGGUGGAGAAGCUGUCUUGUGAUGCUGACCUGGUCAUUCUACUGAGCUUGUUUGAGGAGGAAAUCAUGUCCUAUGUUCCACCCCACUCCUUUCACCCGGGGUACAGCUUCUCGCCCCGCUGCUCACCCGGAUCCUCGCCACAAAACUCCCCAGGCUUACAGAGAGCCCGAGCUCCGGCUCCAUACCGCAGAGACUUUGAAGCCAAACUGCGCAACUUUUACAGGAAGCUGGAAGCUAAGGGCUAUGGCCAGGGGCCAGGGAAGAUCAAACUGAUCAUCAGAAGAGACCACCUGUUGGAGGGCACCUUCAACCAGGUGAUGGCCUACUCCCGCAAGGAGCUGCAGAGGAACAAGCUCUACAUCACCUUCUUGGGAGAGGAGGGGCUGGACUACAGCGGCCCCUCCAGGGAGUUCUUCUUCCUGUUGUCCCAAGAGCUAUUCAAUCCUUACUACGGCCUGUUUGAGUACUCAGCCAACGACACUUACACCGUCCAGAUCAGCCCCAUGUCUGCCUUCGUUGAGAACCAUCUGGAAUGGUUCCGCUUCAGUGGGCGUAUUCUAGGCCUGGCCCUGAUCCACCAGUAUCUGCUGGAUGCCUUCUUCACACGACCAUUCUACAAGGCCCUCCUCAGACUAUCCACAGACCUGAGUGAUCUGGAGUAUCUGGAUGAGGAGUUCCAUCAGAGUCUCCAGUGGAUGAAGGAAAAUGACAUCACUGACAUCCUGGACCUCACCUUCACCGUCAAUGAGGAGGUCUUUGGCCAGGUGACGGAGCGGGAGCUAAAGUCGGGUGGCUCCAACCUUCAGGUGACGGAGAAGAACAAGAAGGAGUACAUUGAGCGCAUGGCCAAGUGGAGGGUAGAGCGCGGGGUGGUGCAGCAGACUGAGGCCCUGGUCCGAGGCUUCUAUGAGGUGGUAGACUCUCGUCUGGUGUCGGUGUUUGAUGCCAGAGAGCUGGAGCUGGUCAUUGCAGGGACGGCUGAGAUCGACCUAAACGACUGGAGGACCAACACAGAGUACAGAGGAGGUUACCAUGAUGGCCACAUAGUGAUGCGGUGGUUCUGGGGUGCGGUGGAACGCUUCAACAACGAGCAGAGACUGCGGCUGCUGCAGUUUGUGACAGGCACCUCCAGCGUUCCAUACGAAGGCUUCGCUGCCCUACGGGGAAGCAACGGCCUGCGACGCUUCUGCAUCGAGAAGUGGGGCAAGGUCACCUCACUACCCAGGGCUCACACGUGCUUCAACCGCCUGGACCUUCCCCCGUACCCCUCCUACACCAUGCUGUAUGAGAAACUGCUGAUUGCUGUGGAGGAGACCAGUACCUUUGGCCUGGAGUGA